AUGCAGGAGCUCCAGGAGGAAUGCAUGAGCUUCUUGCAGAAAGUGGGUCGCAGGGCCUUUUCCCUGGCGGUGAACUCCCCCGACUCGAACCUGGCAUCCGAAGAGCAGGAGCCUGGCUGGCGAAGGCGGGAGGAAGUUUACACAGACCUGCAACCAUCGAAGCCUGAUGAUCCACUGGCACCUCGAUGCAGCUACGAGUAUGUGGACUCUUACGAGGAUCUUUCCGGCACUCGGGUUGUCGCUGUGGUCUUCACUGGGCGGGGCUCACGCAUGCGCGCUUUGCUCCCUUAUCUGCGGCGCGACCUGAAAGCCCACCAGGGAAUUCUUGACUGCAUCAUCUUUGCCCUCAUCCGAGGCUUGUCCGCAGUGUGUGUCAUCGAAAUUCGCGAUUACACGGAACACUUCUGGUCAGACCCACGCCCAGAGUCUCCAUGGAACGCUCGCCACCGCAUCCCGGCAUUGUACCAAUCUCUGAAUGAAACCAACACUGUCUACCUGAAGGUUGAUGAUGACAUUGUUUUCUUGGCAAAGCACGCUCUCGCCGAGAUGGUGCGAGAGAAGCUGCGGCGCCGCUGCAUGUUUGUGUCGGCCAAUGUAGUCAAUCACGCCAUCCUCUCAGCUGUUCAUCAAGAGCGCGGGGCGCACCGUGGAUUUGAGUCAGACAACUCGGAUGCCAGCGUGGAAUCAUCCUACAGCGCCUGGAUUCGUGUUUCAGACGUGAACAUGGAUGCUUCCUACACAUUUGAACGACAUCCAAUGGGUUCUUGUGUCUUCAAGCGCUGGGACUGUGCGGCCCUGGUCCAUGAGAGCUUUCUGGACCGAGAGCGCGAACGGACUCUUUGCGCUUUCGACUUCGGCUGGUUUGAUUUCCACAGGGCCGGAUUUCGGGAGCACAACUACGUACACCUGUCACCUUGGAUGGGAAGGCAAUGGCAGGCUUCCGGGGCCCGCUGGAGCAUCAAUCUGUUUGCCUUGGAGGCUGCAGACCUGAUCGGCGUGGACUGGUCACGAGUGCAUGGGCCCGGCGACGAUGAGGAAGAGUUUGGUGGCAAUCAUGCCGAACGCACUGGGGGACAUGCGUGUGCGGUCGGGCGGAGUCUUGCAGUUCACUUCUCGUAUGGCCCGCAGGAGGAGCGGCUCAUCUCCCACUCUGACCUGUUGAGUCGCUACGUGGACCUUGCGAGAACGGGGCCUGUUGGUCACUGGUUCCUCUAA